GCUCAUUCUCGUAAUGGCCGCCGUACUGUGGCGUUGUCGGUGUGUACAAUCGAAAGAGACGUCGCCGUCGUCGUCUCCGUUGUCGGAUCUUUGAUCACCAUAGUUUUUGUGUAUUAUAAUUUGAACAAGUCUAUGCCAAGAACCGUUUGUUUUUUAACAGCGCUCUUGUAUUAAAAAUAAAACGCAGCAAUCCAUACAUUUAUGUGGUGUAGUGAAACGAAAUUCAGACAAAUUCAUCUUUUUUCUUUCUCCGUUAUACAUUCAUUCGUUUCAUGCGAAUUGAAGCAAACUUAAAAUAAAAACCGCGCUCCUUCAGUGUAUUUGUUUUUCGUCUGUCGUCUUUGCCGGGGAAAUGAUCGUCGGAACUUCGUCAUUGUUUACGCGUCUGUCCGCAGUAGAAAACGAAGCUCCGUAAUUCGUUGCGUUUCGAUCGAACAAUAUUUUUCUUCCUUACAAUUUUUGCAUCCUUGUUUUGCAAACUUGCCUUUCAACUUGCUAAACUGAGUGCCAAUUUUUUCGUGUUUUCCUUUCGUAACUCUUUACUAAUUGAAUAUCUGUGGUACCUUGCGCGUAUUGGACGAACGGAGCACUAAGAACAACUGAACAAAAAUAAAAAAAAAAAACAAAAAAACAACAUCAGUAUUUUCGAGGUCAGAGAAAUAAAAGUCUGAUGUACGAGGACUAUAAACAUGGAAAGUGACAGAACGCUGAGUUAUUUAUCUCCAUCGAAGCAUCUCUAACCUCACUUUUUUCGAGCAAAUGAUCGGAUAAAACGACAACAGUCCGAUUCGUCGAAAUACUAAAAAUAUAUUGCCAAGAAAUGUUACGGAAGUGUUUUCUAAUCCAAUUAACAGAGAAUGUUGACUAAGAAAAAGUGAACAAUUGUUACGAAACCUUGCUGAAUCAAGGACUCGAUAGUUUUUUCCGAUUCGAUUGUGAUUGUUGUUUUUACGAUUCUCUCGUUGUUGUGUGAAGUUUCAACGUCAAUGUUUCCGUCGCGUAUUAGUGACAAAUAAUUGUUGAGUGAAUAGAUUGGAAAACGUAGCAUAAAAUUGGGUAACCACAGAAUAAAUCUCGCCAAGAAAUAGAUCGAAAUUCCGAAUGAGAAAUUAAGAGAUUCGUGUGGACAUCAUAGACAAGUGUAUAAGAAAGAAAUUUUGGCAGCGCUUGGUAGGAAAACAAUGAUUUUUGAGGAAAAACGAGGGUGCAGGAAAGACUGAUGAGAGAAAAGUGAGCAACGAAAUAAGCUGCUGUAUCUCGAUAUGUUGAUAGUUGCCGAAUGCUUGAACUAUUUUAUCGUCGUGAAGAGAACGACGUAACGCUCGAUGCAAUGUUCGGCAAUGUUUCGUCGUCGUCGAACUCUCCUGGUCCACCGGGAGGACAAACGACAAUUGGAAAAGUUUGUGCGAGGCAAAGCACCAAUAAUUGUUUAUCCUGCUUCACCUCGGAGGAGAAUUCUCCCUUCAACAACGACGAGAGACUGAAGCCUUGGCGAGCCAAGGAAAAUUGUUGCGUCGUCUCGGAGGCGCCUUCCAACCUGCAAUCCUCAACGGUGAAUUAUUCCUCUACCGUAGAAGCGGCAAGACCCUGCAGGACAGAAACAAAAAAUGCUCAUUCUUACGCCAGCAAAUAUUCUGUCCCGAGGGAAGGAAAUCAGUGUGUCAAAUCUGGGAGCUCACCAAAAAUUGCUCCCGUUGUAAUAUCGAGCAUACACAAAUGUUCCUCGAAUCCCAAUUGUCCGAGUGUUUCAAUGGCAGGGGGCACGCAGACUAUGAAAUCCUGUACAAUAUUAAACCCUCCCGGUAGCUCUUCCAAAAUCCUCAAAAAUUCAUCCUGCCAGCAGCAUAGCGAAACAAUGAAUUCCAGAGACUCGUCCAAGGCCAAGAGACUAUCUUUGUCCGGGGCUCGAGACUGUCAUCAGGCGAACGAUUCGCAAACGAGCAAUAAAUAUUCAGUUCCAAGGGAACAGCUCAGAACAAAUAAUUCCACGAGUAUGGGAAUCUCGAACGUAGGUAGAAAUUUGUCGGACGUUGAUAAUCACGGCGACAGAUCAUCGGAUAUAAAUUCUUCCAACGAGCUUUCAAACACGAUUGUCUCGUCGGCUUCACCGUCCAAAGAAAGUUACCUCGAUCAGCUAAGAUUUUCUAAAACUCCUAGGCAAUCUUCCUCAAAAGGCAAAGAAUCCUUGACGAGUACACCCAGUUACGUUAGUCGUGAUAAAAAUUCUUCCUCCGAACACAACUCUACCAAGGCUGUUGCACCAAUCGAUAAUUUUACAACUUCGAUACCAUCCCGGGACGAGAGACGCGACGAGUCUCGAUACUACCAACAGGAUCUUGACGGACAACAGAGUUGUAUGAGCUUUUUGCAACAAGAUUUACCCACGGAACUACAAUCCUCACCUAGAAGUUACAAGGAUCGUGAAAAAUGCCGAGAUUCUUGGAGGCCCACCGAACUUGAAAGCAAUCCUAGCGCUCUUCCAACCGUUUGCUCUAACGACUUCCUACCACAAGAUCAAUGCACCAAAAGACGGACCGGUGCCUCCUGUCAAGCCCUCAGACACGCUGUUUCAUCCCUCAAUCGAUUGGAUGACUUUUAUCUCGAGAAAAUUGGUGCUGGUUUCUUUUCCGAGGUUUUCAAGGUCACCCACAAAGUAACGAGUCAAGUGAUGGUCCUAAAGAUGAAUCAGCUUCCUGCGAAUAGGCCGAACAUGCUGAAAGAGGUACAACUGAUGAACAAACUGAGUCAUCCCAACAUACUUAGGUUCAUGGGGGUUUGUGUACACGAGGGUCAGCUUCACGCUCUUACGGAAUACAUAAACGACGGAAGUUUGGAGCAGCUCAUAAUGUCGAGGCACACGCCGCUCAGUCACCUCGUGAGAAUGAAAUUGGCGAGGGACGUUGCACGCGGUAUGGCCUAUCUCCAUAGUCGUGGAAUAUUUCAUCGGGAUCUAACCUCGAAAAACGUAUUGAUAAAACGUGACGAGGCGAGUGACGAUCUGACCGCUGUCGUCGGGGAUUUCGGUCUCGCUGCUAAAAUCCCCGAUCCGAACUCGGGCUACCGCCUUAGCACAGUUGGGAGUCCGUACUGGAUGUCACCCGAGUGCCUCAAGGGUCAAUGGUACGAUCAUCGCUCGGACGUAUUCUCAUUUGGUAUCGUCGUCUGCGAGCUCAUCGGUCGUGUACCAGCAGAUCCUGACGUUUUACCACGUUCCGAUAACUUUGGCCUCGACUAUCUUGCCGUUGCCGAAAUAUGCGCUGCCUCCGAUCCGCCCGCAGCUUUCUUACAAUUGGCUUUUCACUGUUGCACCUACGAACCAAAAUCGCGUCCAACAUUUCCGGAGAUCGUAACAAGCCUGGAAAAUUUAAUAGCGACAACCGAGGACGAGGACAAGGCCACGACGUGCGCGAGAGAAUCGGUCGAUCCGGCACUGAUGACGAGCAUGGACGCGAUCGGCAGGGUUGGCAGAGGCCCCCGAAAGCGUACGGCGCGAUUGAGAAGCCAUUCGGCGGAUGCGAGAGGCGGUGACAAUGCCUCGCCAUCGGACAAGGCGAGAUGUCAUUCGGCGAGGCGAGUAGCCGAGCUCGCGAGUCGUCGGGAUCCUCACUAUCGUCCUAUGACGGCAAAUCCAUUUCACGCGCUGGGCGGUGUCAAGAAGAUACUCGGUGAUUUGUUCUCGAGCUGUUUGGAACUUCCGUCAUUGGAGGAUGUGAGAUCUGGAGCGCUGACGGAUGGCCCCGGCUCGAAAUUCAAACCCGCACAAAACGACAGCAUCGCCAAGAUAUUGGAAAGGAAAAAGCCGAAUUCGGAGCCGAGCAGUCCAACCGCACGUAAAAAAUGGGAGAAGAAGGUGGCUACGAAGGUGGGCGCUACGAGUCUCUUCGCGCAUCCGCUCUUCCGCGAUGGUUGGGAACCUAGACGACGUGGCAGCUGCGAGUCCGGCUUCUGGAGCUGCGUCGGAGAGGAUCUGAGCCCUGAACCACCGCAUCGUCGCCAUGCAUCGACCCUCAGUAGUUCAGCAGCGAGCAGCCUCUUUCUUCUCGAUGAUCAUCGCACGAGCUCCAUUUAUACCGAUUCUUCGGAGGACAUCGCCAGUCUCGGCGGCGGUGAUUCAUCCUGCUGGGACGAUCGGUUCGGUGGUUUUGGCUCAUCGAGCAAAACAAUAUCGAAAAUCGUCGAGUAUUUCGAGAGAAAACAGGCUAAUGGUGGUAGCCUUAGAAUUGGUGAGCACGGCUUUGAUCCUGGCCCUAGUAGGAUCGCACUGUUGCGGGCUAGCCUCGAAGGCACCGUGCCACUCUGUAGUAUCUCGGCCGCGCAACGUUUGGUUGUCUGCGACGGUGCUGUACGAAGCAAAUUACCACUUUUCGAUAAAAAAUGAUCCGCAAUUCAUUUUUCAAUGUCACGCUAAUUCACUUUUCAAAAGUCAACGUAACUCAAUUGUAUAUACGUGAACAUUCAAGGUUUUAUAUAGCAUAGAACGAGAAUCGGGUUGUAGAGAGACAGGGAAAGAGAGAGUGUGUAUAUGUAUGUAUAAUGUAUAUUUGUUCUGCGAUCACCGCAAGGGUAUUGUCCGUUACGAGGAUUUUUUUCUCUCCAUUCAGUCAAAGUUUCUCUAUGCGCGUAUUGGCAUCGAAUUUGACGUGACAAUCAUAUCACAACGAUCUUUCUUACGCCCUUAACUUCUCGUGAUGAAACUCGGUGAUGUGCUCUUUCUUAUAUUCCGGAUAAACGUUGAUUUCGCUCGCUGGUUUCAUGUUUCAGUUUGUUAUAAAAGUGCAGUCGGUCACUUGAACGAAUCUGAUUUGUAAAAUUUUCGAUACCUCUUGUUCUUUUGAGAUAUCGACAGUUGGUAAUUGAGUAAACUGUAAUUCAUUUUUUUUUUCAAAGCCUUAUCGAUAAACAAAUUCUUCUAAUGGGGGUUAAUCGUUCGCUAUGAAAAACGAAUGAUUAUAUUACAUUUCAUAUGGAGCCGAACGGUACGUUUUACUGCGACUGAACUUCUAAAGAUCUUAAUUUACUGUCAGAUCAACCGCAGUUAUGAAGUAUUUUUGUAAUGAAAAAAAUAACGAACUUUUUCGUGCAUUCGUAUAUGCGGAGAAUUGGAAGGCAAUGUUUCACUCGUAUAAAUGUUAUGUCAAAUUUGAAUAUUUUUAUUUUUUAAUUCGCAUUCGUAUGGUAAUCAUCGAGACAUCAUCCGAGCAUCGGUUCAGAAUGAAUUCUUUUAUGAUAAUGAUCAAUCAUUUUCCACAUUGCAAUUCACUGUUCGACGAGAAUAAAAAGGCAAAGAAAUAUACUUUUGUAGGGUCGAGCCUCGCGAACUGGGCUCGAUCGAUCAAAUUCACUUUAGCAAAUUACCGGUGAGAUCAAUCGUGUUACGACUAAUUGGUUUAAAAUACAAGGUCUCGCUGACCCCCCACGCUCUCGCGAGUACGUGAUCGUCAAGAAACGAAUGAGAAAAGAAAAAAAACGGUAACAAACAGAGAAUUCGUUAAAAAGUUUCACCAAAACCUAGCAACGUGACUGUGAUGUUUUUUGAUAACUUAUCUACAAUAUGAAUACGUGCUUGUAAUGUACUCUGGUGAAUCUAGCAUAGAGAAGAUUUCUCGUGGAUGUUUGAUCAAACCGGUAAUUUUUUAUUAAACAUCGAACCCUUGUCGCUUUCAGUUUUUCAAAUUUUUUGUAUUUUCCAAAAAAUUAUUCUUUUUUUUCACACUAGUUCCUAAUCAACCGAAAGAGCUCCGUCCUGCUUUCACGUCAAUGAGAUUUCAAUCUUCAAUAAACGACGAUUCUUUGAGAGAAACAAGCAGUAAUGUAUAAAUGACAAAUCAAAAGGAAACCAACGUCAUUGGAGUUUUUACCAUUUCCAAAUUACUUUCACAACAGCUUUCCACGAGAAUAAACAAUAAUUUUUGUCCAUUCCCGACCCCAUGCCAAAAACUUCCUAUCAUUUCGGCUUAUACGAGACAGAAAUCAAUGGAAUCACAAAAAUAUUCGUUUUCAAGUAUCACAAUGUAAAAUCAUCAAGGGCCUAGGCACAAUAAACGUCAGUGAGAUAAAUCCCUAGCGAUUCGUUAGCUUGAUCCUCGGAAUGAAAUUAAGGAUACAAGAAAACAAAUGGAUUCACAUCUUUCGCGUGUUCCCAGAGGUGCAUGCUGAUAUUUAUGACUCAGGAUGCAUGUUAGCAAUUAAUAAGCUACUCCACGAGAAAUUACUCCCAGCUGUCACUUUUUUUACAUUCAAAUUCCUCGUCAAUGAAUUAAUUCAAGCUCAACAAAAAUUGAAUGUUCCAAUUAGAAAUGCUAUGAUGUUUUUUGACCAACCAAAUCAUCUUUUUUAAAUCUUAUCGAUUUGUAUAUACCGCGCUAUACAUUUACCGAUCAAAAAUUCCGAUAUGGGCAAUUCAAUUCAAAGAAUUACCCAUGAAUUCACUUUUCUUGAAUUCGUUCUUAGUUUUUUUUGUCACUGUUUAUGAGCUCCAUUCACCGACAUCGCGAUCAAGAUGAAAGUGUAAAAAUAAGUGUCUAAGUUUGUCCAUUAUGCUCAUUUCUCGUGGAAUACCUUCUUAUUAGAUGAAUAUAAGUAGUAUAUUUUGUUGUCACAGAGAGAGAGAGAGAGAGAGAGAGAGAGAGAGAAAGAGAGAGUGAGAGAGAGUUUGUGUCCAGGAUAUUUUUGUUGAUUAGAGAAAUAGAUGUGAAACGAGAGGAGAAUAAAAAUCAUUGUAGGUUUAUAAACGACAAAACGAGUAUUGCCAGUGUCUGAAAGCGUCUAUAUGAAACUGAUCUAGUCAGUGUAUUAAUAUGGCGGCCUUAUUAUUUCAAUGUCGUAGUAUGGAAUUAAAAAUGAAUUUAAAAAAACCCAUUCGAAAUAAAAAAAUAAAAACUAGCGAGAAAUUGAAAAAGGACACUUGGUGUCCUAAGAAAAGAAAAAAAUGUCUGUGUGUGUGUGUGUGUGUGUAUGUGUGAGGCGAAAAUGUAUAAACGAGUUGAAAACAUAGAGCCGAAUAAUUUAUCGAGAGCAAUUACGAAGGAAUUGUACCCAGGAAAGUCUCGUAUUUUGUACAAUUAAACGAGAAGUAUUCUAAAAAAAUGUAUAAAACUUUUUUUCGUCUUUAAAUAACAACUGAAUGCGGCAGCCUACAGGGAAAAUAUGAGCGGUGAAGAAUUUACGAGUGCCUGGGGUUCGUUUCUACGAAUCGCUCUGUUCAAAUGUUGUUACUUUAGAGUCCGAGAAAGAAAAAACAGAAGGAAAAAUAAUUUUCGAUAAAAGUUCGGUAUUGUAUUAAGAUAACAAUGGUAAAAAAAACCCCAAAAACAAAAGAAAUAAGGGAAGAAAUCGAGGGAGAAGAAAAUAUUGAUGGCUUCGUACCAAAAUCAAUCGUAACACCGUACUCGUGUAAAGGUGAAUUAAACCAUUUUGUGUUAUUUUUUUCUGUUUUUUUUUCUCCGUAGCACAGCUAAUGAACUAAUAAUUUUAUAAAAGUCAAGGGGGAUUGUGAACCGCGAUUUGAUUCGCGGCCUUCGAAACAAUAAGACUGCGUGUUUGUUAAAUAUCGUACGUAAGGUAGCAAUUUAGAUGAGAAACAUUUGUUUUUCCCCAUUUCAGCAUUAAUAGAAACCCGCAAACAUUGUUGUUUUCUUUUUCUUUCACAAAAAACUGUUUAAACUCUUUAUGCUUUUCGAGAGUGGGGGGGGGGGAGGAUUACUUCAAAGAUUCACGUUACGGAUUCGUUCACCAACUCGUUCGUUAAUGUGGGGUUAAAAGUGGAAAAGAAAUUGUAGAAUGAUUGCGCCUUCGAUUGAUUGACUCGCAAUAUCAACAAAGGUACCUGACAAGUCACACGAAGGGAGGAGACGAGAAAAGAGAGGAUGAAAAAGACCGAGAUUGAAAAGGAAAGAAAAGGUGAACUGGGAAGUGUAUUUACGUUCGAACAUAUCAGGAGUGUGCGUAACCUGACGUUCGUUGACUGAAAUAUAAUGCCGAAUGAGAGCGAACAAGUGUCAAAGAGAGAAAGUGAGAGCUAGACGAGUAAUAACGAAUAUUUAAAAUGGGCGAAUGGCGUUGUUUUCUUCACGAUAAUAGAAAAAAAAAAACGAAAAACCUUAUGUAUUUUAAGUAAAAAACGAAAAACAAAUGAACAAACAAAAUAGCAUAUUAUUUAAAAGAACAAAAAAAAAAUAAUCAUUUACAAAAACACAAAUCAUCUCUUCCACAAACAUUUGACUAUCGUCCGUGAUACGUUGUCGCUGUUGUUGACCCCCCGGGGAAAAAAUAUCUUUAUGCGAAUGUGUACAAACGCAAUGUAUAUUUGUUUUUACACUCGUCAAAUGUAGAAAUGUACAUUUCGGUGGCAAAAACGAAAAAAAAAGAAAGCAAAAAAAAAAAUAUUAAAUGUAUAACUGGAAUAUAUAUAUUUUGUCAAAUUUUCCAAAUAACCGUAAAGAAUAUAACAUAAAGAGGUGUAUUUCUCUCGCGAAAAAUUUCCAUUUUCUUUUUUCGUUUGCAUAUCAAUUUUUCUCCGUGGGAUUGAAUCGGACCUUAGACUGUCUAUAUACACAUAUUAUGUAUAUAUAUAUAUAUAUAUUAAUAUAAAAUCUAUCAAUUAAUAUUAUUGCAUUAUCAACUACGAGAGGAAGUGUGGAAAAUAAAAUACCGUCAAGUGGCUGGGCCUGCGAAUUUUUUUUACUUAUGCCGCGGGUUAUAUACAAAUAUUCAAAAAUUAACGUAAAAAGAACGAAAAAAAAAACGUUAUAAAUUGGCCGUGUGCGUCGAUCAUCAUAAUCAUUAAAUUCGUCGUAUAAAUAAUUGAAUGAAAAAAGAAAUAAAAACUGAAGGAAAAAAAACAAACCAACGGAACCGACGAAUACACGCAUAAAUACACAUGUGGAGGGUGGUGAUGAUAAUAAUAAUUAUUAUUAUUAUAACAAUAAAAAUAAUGAAAUAUUGAUAGAAAUAAUAAUGUAAUAAUAGUAAUAACAAUGAAUAAUCAACAGUAACGAAUGAUACGUGAGAGGAUUUCAGCGAAGUUACGUUAUAUUGUAAAGAUUCCUAUAUACAAGAAAGAAUAAAGUUAAGGGCUCCCAAUUUUUACUCCAAA